GUGGGUGGCUAUCAGAGUUCUGCUGCGACGUUUUGUUUUUCUUAUCUUUUCGCUUAAAAACAAUGGAUAAUUCAAAUGGAAUCCAUUAUAUAGAGCUAUCCCCCAAUCCCAUAAGAUUCGAUGCCGUGAGCCAGCUAACCAAUGUCUUUUUCGAUGAUUCCAACAAGCAGAUCUUUGCAGUUCGCUCAGGAGGAGCCACUGGGGUGGUGGUCAAGGGCCCCGGCCCCACCGAGGACACCGUCAUCUCAUUUUGCAUGAACGACCGCGGAGGCGACAUCCGUUCCAUCAAGUUCUCGCCGGACAACCAAAUCCUGGCCGUGCAACGCAAGGAAAAUGCUGUAGAGUUUAUUUGCUUCCACGGAGAUCAACCGCUGCUGCAGGACAUCAUUACCCAUCAGGUGAAGACCACCAUACAUGGUUUUGUGUGGGUACACAACCGGGAGGUGGCUCUUAUCUCGAACACAGGCGUGGAGGUGUACACUGUGGUGGCGGAGAAGCGACAGGUGCGCUCGGUCAAGUCCCUGAGCAUCAGCAUCAAGUGGUUUGCCUGGUGCUGUGAUGCCAAUGUGGCGCUGCUUUGCACCAGCGAGGGCAACUCUUUGAUUCCAGUGCUGGUCAAGCAGAAGGUCAUCACCAAGCUGCCUAAAGUAGACUUGGGCUCCCCCAGUCGCGAUGUCCAGGAGAGCAAGGUGACUUUGGGCCAGGUUUAUGGCAUUCUGGCUGUGCUUAUCCUGCAGCAAAACACUAGCUCGGGGCAAAUGGAAGUCGAAGUGCAUCUACUAAAUGGCCCAGGAUUGGCUCCUCGCAAAUGCCACAUUCUACGCUUAAGUCUGGUGGGGAGAUUUGCCAUAAAUACAGUGGACAACCUGAUUGUGGUGCAUCACCAGGCCACUGGGACCUCUCUGCUGUUUGAUAUAUCUCUGCCUGGGGAGGUUAUAAAUGAUGUAACCCAUCAUGCGCCCAUAACACCAGGUCGUUCCAUUAAACCUUUUGGCUUGAAGUUGCCUUCCUUGUCGCCUGAUGGUCAAAUUUUGCAGUGCGAGUUGUACUCUACCCACUGGGUUUUGUUUCAACCCAACAUAGUCAUCGAUGCCAAGCUGGGCUGCAUGUGGUACUUGAACCUUUGCAUUGAGCCUCUUUGUAACCUAAUUUCCGAUCGCAUUCGCCUCACCGAAUUCCUGCUGCAGCGCAGCUAUGGCAAGCAGGCCUUGCUAAGGGUUGUGGCUCAGCUGGUGGAUGAUCAAUACAAGGGCUCUAUGCUGCCCGUGCUGGAGACCAUCUUUAGCAAGAUUAACAAGAUAUAUGCAUCUUGGGUGCAAUUGGAGCUGCAAAAUCAAACUGCUCAGCCUUCAAAUGUCAAGACUUCCUCGCUGAAGCAGUCUAGUCCUCCCAUUGUGCUCAUUGAGCAGCUGGACAUGGUUCAGAUUUUCCAGCGCAUCGCCAGAAGAUCCUAUACAGAAUCCAUUCUCAUGCUUUAUCUGCAAUCUCUGAACAAGUUCAACAUUGCCGCCCAAGAGGAGCUAAGCAAAAUGAUUGUCAGCGAGCUGAUAAACAAUCGUAGCUUUGAUACACUCAGGCGCUUGGUCAGCUAUUCAAUGUUGAUGGAGUCCAAGGCAGUGGCCUGCUUUUUGCUGGCCCAUUCGGAUGUGGACACUGCUAUAUCCCAGGUGGCUAUUGAUAUGCUGGGCAGGAUUCAGGCGCAUGAGAUCAUCAUUGAAGUCAUGCUGGGUCAGGGCAAGGUUAUAGAUGCUCUACGCCUGGCCAAAAACUCUCUGGGCCUGGACAAAGUCCCUGCCCGCAAGUUCCUGGAGGCCGCCCAUAAAACCAAGGAUGAUUUGAUUUUUCACAGCGUUUUUCGUUUCUUUCAAAUGAGAAAUUUGAAACUUUAUGAGACUCUAUCUUUUCCCAAGGCCGAACAAUGCACGGAGUUUAUUCAACAUUAUAACAACACCUUUCCCGCUGAUAACUCCAUAAAACCAGCUGUGAGCUAAGGCUGGGUUGCUAAUUUCUAUUAGAGAAAGUGUUUUUGAAA